UGAUGAAGACAGAUUACCACCCCCGCAGCAGCAUCGUUUCGGCCACCGCAUACAUGAAUCACGCCCAUUUCUGCUGGACAAACUACUCAUUGGCAUUCGCAAUCCUGUGCAUGUUGAGCGUCACCGCACGAAGAUCUGUGGUCUCCUCGUUUGUCGCAUCCAGCAGCCACCAGUUCCUAGGAAGCCGGCCCGUUGCAGCAACGCACAGGUCGUUCAGAGUUAGUAGCAGUAGCAGCAGGAUGAAUAGCAGCAGUGUCGCCGUGGAAGACGGCGUGGACAUUGAGGGAAACCUCCGGCACGUUCGCGGCAGCAUCGAAGCCGCCUGCGAGAGCGCCGGUCGUCCGGUGGACAGCGUCCGGCUCGUGGCGGUUAGCAAAACGAAACCCUUCUCGUACAUUCAGGAGGCAUACUACAAGUGCGGCCAAAAGGUCUUUGGCGAAAACUACGCACAGGAACUGGAGGAAAAGGCGAAGGAAAUGGGGGCCGACGAGAACUACCAGCGGGACAUUUCGUGGCACUUCAUCGGAGGCCUCCAGAGCAACAAGGCGGCCAAGCUGGUCAAGAACGUCGUUCCCUACGGGAAACUCGUAGUGGAAACCGUCAACAGCGAAAAGGUGGCCAACAAACUCGACAAUGCCAUGGCCAACAACUUUCCCGAGGAUGACACACCGCCCCUGGACGUCUUUGUCCAGGUCAACACCAGCGGAGAAGCCUCCAAGAGCGGAGUGAGCGUCGACGAAUCCAUCGAUCUGAGCAAGCACAUUGCCGAAAACUGCAAGCGCCUCAACCUGAAGGGCGUCAUGACGAUCGGGGCUCCGGGGGACGUCGACUGCCUGGAGCAACUCGGGAUCUGUCGGGAAAAGGUGGCGGAAGCACUCUCUCUCGAGACCGGUGACCUGGAACUGAGCAUGGGAAUGUCGGGCGAUUACGAAACCGCCAUUGCCAAGGGCUCGACCAACGUUCGUGUGGGAAGCACGAUUUUCGGACAGCGAGACUAUUCCAACAAGGCGUGAUGAGUGGAGCGCUGCAUGGGAGCAAAAGAUUGGAUUGGAUUUGGUAUUUGGGAAGCCUGCCUCGACCUUGUUCGGAAUUUGUCGUCAUUGAGUUCUUCCUUGCGCUCUUGCCGUCGGAUUUUUCCCACAUCAUAGAGAGGUUGCUUCAGCACUUAUUUUAUCAAAAUCAGACCUACGCUUGUUGGAUCGGAAUUGGAUGUGUGUACCAGAGUGCGAUGCUGCCGCGCGACUCCAAUCAAAUGAUUCCUUCGACGCAACACAUGAAACACCCGCAUGGGAUUUACCAAUAUAGACCACGCUAGACAACUCGAAAUAAUACACUAUCGUCAACAAUAGAAAAUAUGUGUAGGAAUUUAGAAAUUUAUGGUCCCUAGCAUAUUUCAGAAGAAUGGAUUUGGUGUCCAUUCGUAGGAGGAGGAACAAAACGCUCCUCCGUGAUUGUUUGGUGGCUUCGCCCGAACGUGUCGUUGGGGGCACACGGUUUUUUGCAUCCGAUUCCAUCACACCAAGCACUGUUUAGGCAAUCAGCUACGGCGUGACAUCCACGGACACCGAUUCUAUUAUAUAGUAGUAUUAGUAUUUGAGGAAAUACGAACAACAACGCAUUCCACCCCAUCCUGCCCAUAGCUUUUUGUUUAAAGUCCGGCGUUGAAGUUGGAUGGCUGUCCGCAGAGAGCGUUGAUGAUGUAAGGCUCGCCGGUAAGUUCUUCGUGAACCAUAAGUCCAAGGAUUCCCAUCAUGGCAGCUCGUCCGUUGUUCAAUUCGAUGGCGCGUUUUUGCAUCUGUUCCUCGGGGGAAGCCUUCCACGUGAACAUUCCGUUUCGGAGGUCACCGGGGAAUUCUCCGGCUCCCUUGUCCUUCAUGAUGAACAACUCAAGGAAUCCGAUAAAUCCAAACAGCUGGAUGAGUCCGGCGUUGGGAAUGUCGGAAAGACCGGCGAUACCGGUUUUGAUCGAGGCAAAGGAGGUACCGGAGUAGUCAAUGUUUCCGGGGACACGAGCUCCGAAGGCUGUGUGGAUGUGUCCAAGAACGGCAAGCAUAGCAAUGCGUCCGUGCUUGAUCUCAACGUAUCGAAGGCGGUCGAAUCGCUCUUGGUCGACGCCAUCCAACAUGUUCAGAGGAUCCCUAUAUGCGUGGAAGCGAUUUUGUUUGUUCACAUUGAUUCGAGUGGUCCGGCAGCGUGCAAAACGAAGCGAUGAGAUACGAUGGCAAACGAAGCUGAUACUGGAUCUUUUUAUCGGAUCCAUCCAAACCACGCAGAUCGCACAGAAAAGACUUGUUGUUUACUUACCAGAAUCCAAGAGGGGGCUGGGCGCCAAGUUCGGACUCGAAGGCGGCAAGAGAGGUCGACGCCCGGGAUGCUUGCUGGGGAGCAAAGGCAGCGGCAGAGCCGACAAGAAGGGUAAGGACAGCAGCGGUCUUCAUGGUAUUGCACUUAUAUAGUUUAUUAUG